AUGGAGCAAGAGACGAUUGAACUGCCGAGGAUGAAAGAGGCGCUGAAGCAAGCAGUCUCGCAGCCCCUCAGGCCCACCAACCUGCGCUCACUCAUCUCCGCGUCCGGCAUGACAACCGAGCUGGCCAAUCAGCUGCAAGCAACCCCAUCCGCUGCCGCCACGUCAGCAGCAGCAGCCACCCCUGGGAACUCCCAGCACCUCGCCAAUCCCUUUGUUUCCUUGGCAACUGCUAGAGCGGGGAAGCAGUGGGGGGCAGGGCAGACGCAGGGAGGGGGGGAGCGAGGGGGUAGGCACGGGGGAAGGGGGGGUUGGAGUGGUGGGGGGAGAGGAGGGGGAAGGGGAGGGGCAUGGCAGCAGCAGAGGGGAGGUGGGGGAGGAGGGAGGGGGAGGGGUGGUGGGGGAAUGGGAGGGAGAGGAGGCAGGGGAAUGAGCAGGGGUGGGGGAAGAGGAGGCCAGUCACCUGGAAGGGGGAGUGGUGGGGGAGGGGGAAGGGGAUGGGGAGGGGGAGCAGGGGGAGGGGGAGGUGGGGCAGGGAGGAUGGCGGGAGUGGUGGGGUCGAAGCAAGCAGAUGCUGUCACAGCACUAAAGCGGGCUCGUGGAGGGAAAGUAGCCCGCAAGUGA